AGCCCGUGGACCUGACCCGCUUGCUGGCCGGCGCCUAUCCAAAUCCGUCACCAGCAGCACACGCUUCCGUACGCCCGCCCAACGGCCACGCCGCGCGGUUGGCUGGCUUUGGAAGGCCCGGGGCCGGCCAUGUCCUGCCUCGCCGCGCCACCUGCGGCGGUGCGCCUUCUCCUGGCGGCCCCUCCUUGUCCUUUGCGGUUCCUGGGGCGGCUGCCUUGCGCGUUGCGGGGAAGGGGAGAGGGAGGAGUCGGGUCCGGCCGGCGGCAGCAGGUGCUGCGGCGGUGCUCCUCCGCCUGCGAGUCCAGGGCGGCCGGGGACGGCGGCCUCUCCAGUUUUUGCAUUAUUGAAGGCCCGGAGACAAUCGAAGACUUUGUUCAGAUGCAAUCACAAGAGAUUCAAGACAACAUCAAGAGCCGUCGUAACAAAAUUUUCCUUUUAAUGGAAGAGGUUAGACGAUUGCGGGUGCAGCAGCGAAUCCGAACUGCCGAAAGCAAAGGUGCCAGCAGUGAAGAAAAUGAAAUGCCUGAGAUUCCAUCAACUAUUCCGUUUAUGCCUCAUGCGUCACCAAAGACAAUGAAGCAACUCUAUAUGACAUCAUUCUCUGUCAUAUCUGGGAUAAUCAUUUUUGGAGGCUUGGUAGCCCCAAUACUUGAACUGAAAUUAGGGCUGGGUGGUACAUCUUAUGAAGAUUUUAUACGGAGCAUGCACUUGCCUCUUCAGUUGAGUCAGAUAGAUCCCAUAGUAGCAUCAUUUUCGGGUGGCGCAGUUGGUGUAAUCUCAGCCUUGAUGUUGGUUGAAGUGAGAAAUGUGAGGCAGCAAGAGAAGAAAAGAUGCACAUAUUGCCAUGGGACUGGAUACCUCCCAUGCGCUCGUUGUUCUGCUAACGGAAUGUUAUUGAGCACAAAGCACUUUUCAAUUUCACGUGCCAAUGGGCAUAAUAUGUGGUCUACAAGUGAAAGGUGUCAGAAUUGUUCAGGAGCUGGAAAGGUGAUGUGCCCCACAUGCUUGUGCACAGGAAUGGCGAUGGCAAGUGAGCAUGAUCCACGGAUAGACCCCUUCGAUUAGUGUUGAGCAGUUGGGAGCACGCCUGCUUUUCUUUGUGUCUGUUUUGUGGUAAACAUGAUGUCGAUAACAGCCGUAAAUUUAUGUUUUGCUACACUUUCUGUUGCUGACUAUAUGCCUAUAUGUGAAGUUCAGAUUAAAUA